AUGAACGUCGCAACUCAAACUCUCCGCCAACGCGCCUGGCGGCGAGUUGCCACUAUUAUAGAUCCCCAAGCGUAUCAGCACAGAUCUACUUCAUGGAUUGCAUGGGAGCAGCCCAAUCCUGCUCUCUACACACCACUUCAUGCGGCCCCAAGCAGUGAGAGCCGACAAGUGGCGAGCAACUCUCAGGGCGCACGCAAUGUCGGAGAUACCGGCGUUGCAUCAGCAACUGCUGCGAUAGUGACAAGCAGCCAGGAAAUAUCCACAUCGGGGAAAAUCGCCCCCUCGUCCAUCCAGGCAAGCGCCAGCCAUUUCCCCUAUUCCCAGACGCGCUCUGUCCAGACUCAAUCGGAGAACACGUGGCUACUUCCUACCACACUCCUACGCAUCCCAGGCGUUACCGCUACCUGGCCAACCAAGGCACCGGAUCGGGAGGAGAGUUCGGAAGUACGCCGGUUUCGUCCACAAGAAUAA